CACACCAGAUACCCACAAAGAAAAGAAAAAGGCCUGCGAGGCACAGGCAGGGGGCUCAGGGAGGCAGUGUCAGGUUUCAAACCCAGCUAGCCAUUCAGAGCGCUGCGAUGUUGGGGACCCGCCUUGGGCUCCUGGUGUCUGUCCUGUGCUGGGUAGUCAGAGCCUAUCCCAACACCUCCCCGCUGCUCGGCUCCAGCUGGGGUGGCCUGACCCACCUGUACACGGCCACCGGCAGGAACAGCUACCACCUGCAGAUCCACAAGGACGGCCAUGUGGAUGGCACACCCCAUCAGACCAUCUACAGUGCCCUGAUGAUCAGAUCAGAGGAUGCCGGCUUUGUGGUGAUAACAGGUGUGAUGAGCAGGAGGUACCUCUGUAUGGACUUCAGAGGCAACAUCUUUGGAUCCCACCUCUUCAGCCCGGAGAGCUGCAGGUUCCGACAGCGGACGCUGGAAAACGGCUACGACGUGUACCACUCCCCGCAGCACCGCUUCCUCGUCAGCCUGGGCCAGGCCAAGAGGGCCUUCCUGCCGGGCACCAACCCGCCGCCCUACUCCCAGUUCCUGUCCCGGAGGAACGAGAUCCCCCUCAUCCACUUCAACACCCCCAGGCCACGGCGGCACACGCGCAGCGCCGAGGACACGGAGCGUGACCCGCUGAACGUGCUGAAGCCCAGGCCCCGCAUGACCCCCGCCCCGGCCUCCUGCUCCCAGGAGCUCCCGAGCGCCGAGGACAACAGUGUGGUGGCCAGCGACCCGUUAGGGGUGCUCAGAGGCAGCCGGGUGAACGCGCACGCCGGGGGGAUGGGCGUGGACAGGUGCCGCCCCUUCCCCAAGUUCAUCUAGGGAAACCAGAAAAGAGUCCUUUCCCAGCAGUCUUUCCGAAAACGAAACUUUUCGGAGCUUUUCGGAGGGACGUGCGCCCUCCGCAGUCCAGGGAAAGGGAAGGUGGGGGGUGAAGUGCGCAGUUAGCGGCUUCUCCCCAUGCACCACGAGGUCCCCCGAGAAGGUACCUUUGAGGCCUGAGUCAUGGCGCUUUCACCGCCUUCCCCACCUCACCUAUACCACCUUUCCGAACUUUGAAGCCCAGAAAGAUAAACUAGAAGUUUCGCCUUCAUUAAGGAGAGAGGGAUUCCCACCACGACCACCACCCUUCCCCCAACCACCCGGGGCAGUUUCUCUUCCCGUGCCUCUCUUCUUCAUCAGUCUAGCAUUACCAACCAAGCAAUGGUUUAGCGAGUUCACCGCUUGGAAGGUGAAGGGAAGAGCCAAUACCAGUAGCCUCCGCGGCUCCUUACGUUUGUGUCACCUGCCC